AUGGCCCAGAAGCGCGGAAUACAUGACGUGGAUCAAGAUCCAAUAACGAAAUUAGAAGAGGAAGUUCGGUUUGGUCCACGAAGACGACUGGAAUCUAGUCACGAGCUCGGCCAAAAGCUAGAGUUGCCCUCAAAAUCAACACCUCCCACCCAAGUCGCAUUCCAGAAGCCAUAUCAACUCGUAUCGUUCUCAUAUACACCCCAGAGAGAGCUGGUGUUCAACGACUCGGCAUUGCGAUUUUGGGUCGAGCCUCCCCGGAAUGCAGACCUCAACUAUCGGUAUGCCCAUUGGAUAAAGAGAAAGGAGGAGAGAGGUAGACUGGAUGGAUUGCUAAAGGCGGCUAUUCAUGCGCGAUGUGACGAGACUAGAAGUCGUGCUCGCACCAUUUGUUGGAGAGGUGUCCUAUGCAAGAUUCUAAUCGCGCCGUACGAGGAACGGGAUAAAUGGGAACUCAAUGUAAUGCGACUCGGGGAUACAAUAUACCUUGAGGAACACGCCACAGAUCAAGCUCUGGCACAAAAAGAAAAUAUGAACGAACAUCAGCGUAAGCAGACAUAUUACGGUUAUUCCUUUGAAUCAUGGUGUACGGACGUCCGUCCGCGGGGACACGACCAACAACCACGCUGGGGUGGUGAUGUGGACACCAAUGUGCAAUGGUGCUCUGUAGUCAAAACGAAAAUAGGUCAACAUCGGCUGCUCAUAGGCGGGGAGGUAGAUUGCGUACGUGGCCGAUAUACCGAACAGCCAGAUACCUUUGUUGAGCUCAAGACCUCGAUGACCAUUCGCCCAGGCAAUGGCUGGGACGAAGCAAAGUUUGAAAAGAAGCUGCUCAAGUUUUAUUUUCAAUCAUUUCUACUGGGAGUCCCAGAGAUUGUGGUGGGCUUCAGAACGCCACAAGGUCGGUUGCAGACUGUGCAAACGUUUAAAACGCUUGAAAUUCCUCGUAUGGUCCGGGGUAAGCCGAGUGAAUGGAACCCCGGCGUGUGUCUCUCUUGGGGAGACAACUUCAUAUCCCAAGUGAUCGAAUGGGCAAGCAAACUCACAUGUACGCUGGAGAGGGCUCAGGUCGGGCGAAUCUCCUUUGAGCCAGGGGUCGGAAUGAGAUUCAACAUGCUGUCCGAAGCGGAAAUAGAGGAGGUUCGAGACGGAGAAGAUCGCAUAGGCUUUCUUCCUACAUGGUUUGUGGAACAUUGCUUGGCUCCUCCAAAGCCGAGUCUGUCUGACGAAGGACGAACACUAUGA